AUGGGAAAUGAACUUUCGGCAAUAUUAAAAGUUAAAAAGUAUAAAAUAAUAAAUGAAAAAAAUUCUAACCUUAAUAAUCAUGGACAUAACAAAAGCACAAAUUCAAAUACUGGAUUUCCUGUAGUUGAUUGUGAUUUGGAAAAAGAAAAGCGUCAUCACGAAUUUCUCUUUAAAGUCUGGAAUUCAAAUUUUUCUUCUCCGAUCGAAUCUAUUUUAAAACGUGGUAAUGCCAAAGUUCUCGAUGUUGGUUACACUCCUUCACAUUUUACUGGAAUUGAUCUUAUAAUUCCAGAAAAUUUUAGUCCUUCAAAUGUCAACUUCGUACAAGCUGAUGUUUUGGAGAGAUUACAAUAUUCAAAUGAUUAUUUUGACUAUAUUCAUGUCAGAGAUUUAUUAUGGCAUAUUACAACAAAAGAUGCACGUAAUAAAUUAUUUCCAGAAUUGUUACGAGUAUUAAAGCCCGGUGGCUGGAUUGAAAAUAUAGAAUAUGAUACUGAAAUUAUGAAUACCGGUCCUAACACUCAGUUUCUGAUAGAUAUACUGGCUAGCUACUUUCUAAAUCAUGGAAUGUAUCCUGAUGACUUUUAUAAAAAUUUAACAAGAUUGUUUAAAGAAAAUAAUCUUGAAUAUCAAGUUGAAGAGAAAAUAAUAUAUUUUUCUGAUGCUGAAUUGUCAACAAAAAAAUUUCUAUUUAUUUUUAAAAUUGUAAAAUCCGUUAUUCUUGAAUAUACAAGUAUAAGUUCUGAAAAAUAUGAUGAAAAACUUGAUAAAGUUUGGGCUGAGCUCAUGGAAUAUAAAACUUCAUUUCGAUCGAUAAGACAUUUUGGAAAAAAACUUUGA